AUGGUUGAAGAUAGUGAACUAUGGGACAUCGUCAUCGAUAGCCCUUUUAUUCCCACAAUAGAACUGGAGGAAGGAGAUGUUACCAAAGUUAUGCCAAAGACUUGGCAACAAUACAAUGAAGCUGACAGAAAGAAGAUUGAGAAGAACUACAAGAGGACUGAGCAAGUUAAAGAAUCCAAGGUUGGCAUGCUAACUACUCAGUAUGAAAACUUUGUUAUGAAGGAAGGAGAAACCAUUCAUGAAAUGUAUACCAAAUUUUCUUCUAUAAUAAAUGAGCUGAGGUGUCUUGGUGAAUCUAUCAGUCAAAGCAAGCAAGUUAGGAAGAUUCUGAGAGUUAUUUCAAAAUCUUGGGAGAGGAAAGUGGAUGUUAUUACUGAGGCCAAGGAUCUGAAAACCCUCAUCAUGGAUGUACUCAUUGGAAAUCUACAAACCUAUAAGUUAAACAAGCAUCAUGAUAGCUAUAAAAGGGACAACAAUAAGGUCUUUAGCAUUGAAAUAUGCUCAAAGUGA